AUGUUCUGGAGCGGCAACUAUAUCGCAGUUAGAGAGUUGAAUUCUCUUCUCAAAGAGGAGAAUGUUAGUUUGUCACAAGUAUUGGAGGCGGAUGAUAUACUUCAGGAAUGCAAGGCGGACAACAAGGAGCUCAUACAGUUCCUCACAAAGCCAGAGACUCUGGCGGACCUUAUAACCCUGAUAACUGAAGAGCCCCCAAAGAAUGUGGAGUUGGCGACACAGUAUCGUUACGCGAACAUAGCGUGCGAAGUCCUCACCAGCCACCUCUCCAUGCUGAGUGAUCGGCUUUCGCAGGACGCGACUCAGAUGAAUCGUCUCUGUGAUUUCAUCAAUAAAGAUCCACCCCUGAAUCCACUUCUUGCCUCAUAUUUCAGUAAAACUGUAGAAAUGUUGUUGGAAAAGAGCCCUAGACAGGACUGGUGCCUUCAUCAUAUAGUGUGCCUGCGCGUGCUGGACUUCUUCAAGUCCCGGCGCGACUUCCUACCCAAUCUCCUGCGACACAUGUCCACGUCUGCUAUUGCGGAUAUCUUCAAAUUCCUCUUGAAGAUCGACGACCUUAUUAAAACUGUCAUGGAGUGGUUAGAUGAGCAUCAGUUUCUAGAGUGCUUGAUCCAAAUUAUUUGCGGCACGUACGUACCCGAGGCGUUCCCGCCCCCGCCCCCGCAGGAGGCCAUUCCCGACGGAGUGGAGAAGGCGGAGCGCGAGACACCCGAGAAGCCCGAGUCGAACCACACCGACGAGGGGGAUAGUGGCGGAGUCGAUGGUGACGGUGAUAAAGGAGUGUGUAACGCAGAUAGUGGUGAUAGCGGUGGCAAAUCAGACGACGAUGCAACGCAGAUAAAUACAGCAGAUUUACCGCACACUCAGCCUGAGGGUGCUAAAGACACGGGCGCUGCGGAGAACGGAGCGCGUGUGCAGGCGGCUGAAGCGGCAGCGGAGGCGGAAGCGGAAGCGACGCGGGCGGCUGCGCGGAGAGCGGCCGCCGCCUCCGAUAACGCCGCCGCGCUGCUGUGUGAUCUCAUCGAGAACGGGUGCAGACCGAGACCGGGUUUCAUGAUUCUGUCCCGGAUGCAAUCGGUUCGCAGCGUGGUGUCGGCGCUACAGUCCGAACGAGGAGUGAACACGUUACUGCAGGGAAUGUUCACGUCGCCCCCUCACGCGCGGAGACAGGCGCUCGUCAACGGCACGGAGGUGCUGCUGGCGCUGCUGCAUUACGACCCCCCGCAGCCGGAGAAGGGCUCGGUGGAGGAGGAGGCGCUCCGCACGUACGCGGCCCGCGACAGCGGCGCCGUGGAGCUGGGCGUGGCGCCGCACCUGCCGCUGCUGCACCAGGCGCUGCUGCACGAGCCCGCGCCGCGCGCCGUGGGGCUGGCGCGCCUGCAGGUGGCCACGCUGCUGGCGCAGCUGGCGCUCUCCGAGGUCGAGGAGGUGGCCACCACCAUGCUCACGCUGGGCACCCCUGGCGUCCUACUGGACAUGUUCUUCGAGUACCCCCUCAACAACUUGCUGCACGCGCAGGUGUACACGCUGAUCAAGAACGCGCUCACCAACAGAGUCUACUGGACACAAUACGCGAGACAUUUGGUGAUCGAAUGCGAUCUGCUGACACGGCUCAUGGAUGUGUUCGAAGAGAAUAAAAACAAUAAGGAGGCGGGCGCGCGGGUGGUGCGGGGCGCGUGCCUGGGCCACGUGGUGCUGGCGCUGCGCGAGUGCGCGCGCGCGCUGGCGCCGGGCGCGCUGGCCGCGCACGCGCCGCCCCCCCCCCUGGCGCGCCGCUGGGCCGCCUUCCUCGACGCGCAGCUGUGGCCGCUGCUGCACCAGCACGACACGCCGCUGGGCGGCUACUAUCCAUCAGGGAACUUCUACGAGGUGGAGAUCAUGCCCGACCCCAUGGGGGCUACUUAUGACAUCAACGACACGGGCGCGCCGGGCGUCAUACAGGAGGUGGCCGACGACGGCAACGCUGACGACGCGCCCGAGAUGGGCGGCGCGGUGAGCUCAGUGGCGGACUCGCCCGACUUCAUAGCGGACGGACUGGGCAUCGAGGACAGCGAUAAAAUGACCAAGGCCAAGAGCAAUUUCUUAGAGUUAGCUAGUCAGAGGUUCGAUGCAGAUAUGUGGGAGGACUCGGGCGAUGAAGACGAGUACGACUUCUACGUGCCCGGUGAGGAGGUGCGGAACGUGUUCGACCAGAUCUCACCCUGGGAGCCCGACGAGAGCGGCGGCUGCGGCGGCGAGGGCUGGGCGCACUUCGGAGCCGCGCCGCUCACCCCCGUCGACCCCUUCGCGCCGCAGACCCCCGCCGCGCCGCUGGACCCCGCCGCGCCCCAGGACCCCGCCGCGCCCCAGGACCCCGCGCCGCCCAGCGCCGACGACCAGUUCGCCGACUUCACGCCCUUCUGGUCCUAUGAAACGCAGCACCACGACUCGAAUUCGACGACGGAGUUAGAGUCGAACCUUCGCGGCGUGCGGCUCGACGACGAGCCGACGGACGAGCGGAUGGACGAGGCGAGCAGCGUGGAGCUCGCGAACAACCUUCUGACGGCCAUGUCGGCCAUGUCGGCCGACGCCAUCGCCAACAUCGUCAACGCCAACCUACCCUCCUCGUCCUCUCCGCCGUGCGCGGUGAGCGCGGCCCCCUCGACCCUCGCGACCCCCGCGCCCCCCCAGCCCCCCGGCGGCGCGGAGGCUCCCAGUUCGGAGCACAGGUGA